AAUAAUUAAUGAUUGAAUACACUUUAUUCACACUCGCUUCUUUUCAACUCUAUCAGUGACCACGAGGGGCGUCUCAAAAGGAGCUACUAAAAGUAUCGUCAUAAUGAGUGUUGCCGAGAGGCCACCGAGACUAGAAGACGAUAUAUUCUCUGAAGGCUAUCUCGAUGAAUUUUACAAGACACACGUAGCCUCUCGCCGCUCGUCCCUAGACGAGGACAUAGCAGCCAUUGAAGCUGAAAUAACGAAGGUUCACAGGUAUAGGCACAAGUGUAGGAGAUAUCGCGUCGAAGAGCAUCAACUCAAUUCCUGUGGGAACUCGGAGUGUUCCGAUGAUGAAGAGAAUCAAAUGGACUCAGUGAUGUCAUGUAGUAGUCAUGACAUGGAAAUGCUACCAACGUCAGUAUUUAAAAUCUAUAACAGUAGCAUCUCAUCGCCUGUUGGAGGGCUAGCAGGUGGAGAUGUUAGAUCGAAGGAUGAGUCUAAUGUGUUCACAUGGGCUGAAUACCAGCUGGUGUCGCAUGAUCACAGUUAUUGUUCAAAUAAUACUAAUGAUCAAGAGGAGAAAAGGAUACACUCUGAUCAUGGAGACCCUCUUACACUUAAUAAUGUUCAAUGGUGUCAGCUCACUGCUUCCAGAAGAAUGCAAGCAUUGCGCCGUUUGUCAUCAAUUUUGAGCAAGAGGCCGGACCCAGACACCAUCAAUCUACCCGGUAGUUUUUCACUGCUACCCCAACCACUGGUCGACUUACUACGAGCUAACAAUGGUGUCGUCAAUCAGACUCCACCUGCUAAAGGACCUUCUGCUUCCCUGGAUACGAGUAUGAUAAUUAAAUUGUCACACGAGAGUAUCGUGCAAUCACUUAUAUCAGCGUCUCCAUCUGUUAAGCCCAAGAGGAAAGUGGCGCAAAGGUCAACUCAGAAUACUGCUGGAGGGUAUCAAUCUGAGAGUAAGCGACCGCGCCCAAUUGAGAUCACUAGAGUAAGGUAUUCUAGUUCUUGCUCUGAGACGGAUGCUCCUCUCGAAGUUGACUGACGUACUGUCUCUUGCACUCAUUCUCUCCCUCUCUCUUAAUUGAAGGAGAGAAGAGAGAGAGAGAUGGGAGUGGGUUACCUAUAGGAUUCUUUCACUACAUUGGUACAAUCUUUUCUACACAGCCACUGUACAGGACAUGUCUUUCUCCUCCUCCUCCUUCCUUUCAAAUUUAUUAUUGUUCUUUUGUAAAAUAACUAUAAAUUAAAUAAAACAUUAACUACUAUGAUACAAUUUUUGUGUAUACAUACAUGCA